AUGGACAAAGCGGAGCGUGAUGUGGCGGCAGCACUUGUCCAGAAAUACUCAUCUAGGGACUUCAGAGUCCGGAGAGGCGUUGAACCAACAAUCAAUGCCACAUACGCUGUACGCCUCCCACUAUUCUGGAGGGAUAAUCCGCAACUGUGGUUCGCGCAAGUAGAGGCAGCAUUCUCAAUCGGCAGAAUUUCGGGCGAUGAAUCCAAAUUUCGACGUGUGGUACUUAACCUAGACCAAAGUACACUUCCGUUAGUUGCAGAUAUUGUAACAUCUCCGCCAGACAAAGAAAAAUAUGACGCCAUCAAAGGACGCCUGGUCUCCGUCCUCGGAGAGACAACAGCCACGAGGAUUAGACGCUUGCUUGCUACACAUGAACUUGGAGAUGACAAACCCUCAAUAUUCCUACAACGCUUGCGAAACCUUGCCGAAGGACAAGUCAGCGACCAGAUACUCAAAUCAAUAUUUAUGGAGCGUCUGCCAGAGAAUAUACGCGCAAUCUUAGCCAUUAGUGAGGUAACUGAUCUCAGUAAGUUAGCCGCACAAGCAGAUAAGGUAAUGGAAGUAGCAAAACCAUUUCCGGGGAGUAUCCAAGCGGUGAGUCCUGAAACCGAUGAUAAUACUAGCUUAGUCAAUAAAGUUUCAGCAGACAUAGCAGAACUGACCAAGCAGAUAGCUAAACUGACUAAACAAGUCAGAAGCAGAUCCAGAAGCAAGUCACGAUGA